UGAUAUAUCUUACUGGCUUGAGAGGAAAGGAAGGGUUGUAGUCGGUGGGCGCUAGCGCGCAAGUGGGCAGAAAAAAUCGACGAGAGAGGUUCUGUAAAUCUAUUCAUAAAUUGCUCGAAAGUGAAGAAAUCCUUCACCCAUUACCUCUCUCAGAUCUCCCUCUCUCUCGCGGUGCCAAAUCUUUGAAGCUGCAAUUAACCGAUAGGUGGUGAGAAUGUCAACUCCCGCUAGGAAGAGGUUGAUGAGGGAUUUCAAGAGGUUGCAGCAAGACCCACCAGCAGGCAUAAGUGGGGCUCCUCAAGAUAACAAUAUAACACUUUGGAAUGCGGUUAUAUUUGGUCCUGAUGAUACUCCAUGGGAUGGAGGAACGUUUAAGCUGUCUCUUCAAUUCACCGAGGACUAUCCGAAUAAGCCACCAACGGUUCGCUUUGUUUCUCGCAUGUUUCAUCCAAACAUUUAUGCAGAUGGAAGCAUUUGUUUGGAUAUUCUACAAAAUCAAUGGAGUCCAAUCUAUGAUGUUGCUGCUAUUCUUACCUCUAUCCAGUCAUUGCUGUGUGACCCAAACCCAAACUCACCUGCUAACUCAGAAGCUGCAAGAAUGUUUAGUGAAAACAAGCGUGAGUACAAUAGGAGAAUAAGGGAGAUUGUUGAGCAGAGUUGGACAGCAGACUGAUUCUCCUUGGUAGAGUCUUUCUACUCUCUCUAUAUAUAGACGCUAAAAAUAUAAUGUUAAAACAUGUUGCGCGAAUUCUUGAUUGCUGAACCACUACAUUUACAUAUUUGCUUGUAAUUUGGGUUAAUUGCACAUUGGUGCAAAUAUUGUGGACUGAAAUUCUGCUACUGGUUAUAUACUGAAAUUCAGCUUAUUUGAGUUAGUGUUUGUGGAUUGA